AUGGGGCUACCCUCCCCGCCGCGGCCGCUGCUGAUCGCGGCUUUGCUGCCCUUUUCCCGAACCUGCGAAGCCACGAGCCCCAGCAUUCAGGAAGUGGUGACUCAGACUGGAUUAUUCCAGCCCCGGCUUCCCUUUCUUCCCCUUCUUCCUGCCCACCUUUGUGGUGAUUUCACGACUGCUGAGCGUCUCUGUCCAGGGACAGCAAGGGAGCCCAAAGCCAAGCACGGCAACGUGAAACUCACUACGGAUGCUAGCUCUGAGGAAACUCAUCAAUUCGUGCGCCCCGGAGUCCAGGGUACACACCGGCCCAGCGGCAGCGGCGGCGGCGGCGGCUUCCCUUUUCUCCCCGAGCCGAGCCCCGGAGCGGCGCGGGGACCGGCCCUAAAAAGAGCAGGAAAUCUUGUUUACCGCCCGCGGAGAGGAGCCGAUCGAGCCUUUGUCUGGAAAGUCAGCAUCUCCGGCUCCGGCUGCAAUGUGUUCCUGGUGACAUUAGCAUCGGGCAGACCCGCCGAAGGAGGGGGUUCGCCAGGUUCCCUUCUGCUUUCGGAGGCGGAUCGAGCGGGUGACUUUUGUGCAUUCGUUUUAAUUUUUGGAAAUCUCUCUUUUUUCCUCCCUCGCUCGCUGCCAGGCAUGUCCUGAUCUGGCGGCCGCUCCUACCACCCUGGGCUGCCGAGCAGAGCCGUCACCAGCGGGUCUCCCUCCCUACCUCCCUGACUUUGCAACACCGCGUUCUGGGAGGACCGGCCUCGGCGAGGGAGGAGGCGGAGGAGCUGCGAACACCCGGACCCAAACCCUGACAUGCUCUGGGGCGGAGAGGAGGAAGCCAGGAGCUGAGCUUGCCGCGGGGGCUGCUUCGCCCGCCGGCUACGAGCGCUGG